AUGGCACCCUCGAUGAAAGGUCUGCGACGCUUCAGACGCUCAAGUCCGCAGACGCAGAACUUGAUAUCGGGAGUGGCACUCUUUCUCACCGCAGGGAUCUACCAUGCCAUCACUGGCCUAGGGGCUGGUGGCGGAAAGCCAUCGUCCAUCUAUGUUGCCACGACCACGAAUUCCAUCCUCUAUGUCCUCUUCACAGUCGUUGGCUUCUUCGGGGGUAGUGUUCUUAACAAGAUCGGACCCAAGAUUACUUACACGGUGGGACUCUCAUCAGACCAGCGCCACAUCCCCGGUCAUCUGAUCGGCUGCUUUGGCUACCCAUUCUAUGCCACAGGGCUGUGGUAUUUCGACGCCAAGGGUCACCAGUGGUACCCCUUACUGGGAGGCGCGAUAUUGGGCAUCACAGCUGGUUUGCUAUGGACUGCAGCCAAUUUCAUACAAUUCGCCUACCCGGAAGAGAAAGACAAGGGUCGGUUCAUCGGCAUGCAACUCUUCAUGCUUGCCACAGGGUCGACGAUCGGUGCGAUCAUUCCCUUCGCCAUCAACUUCCACAGCUCUUCCGCCUCAGGCGUUCCCACUUCCGUCUAUAUCACGUUCACUGUCAUUAUGCUGUCCGCUAUGCUGGUCGUUUUCUUCGGCAUCGUGAGCCCGGAGAAAGUCACCCGCGAUGACGGCACCCACCUCGCCAUUUUCGAAGCCGUCGAGUUCCGCACCGAGCUGGUUCAUUGCGUUGAGCUCCUGCGAGACUGGCGAAUUCUGAUGCUGCUAUUACCCCUGUUCUCCACUGAGAUCACGCUUGGUCUGAUCCCGACACUGAACGCCCACUCAUGCAACUUGCGGACACGAUCACUCAAUAAUCUCAUUUAUUGGGCCAUUCAGAUCCCCAGCGCACUGUUUUUCAGUCAGGUUCUCGACAAUCACCGCCUGACGAGACGUAUGAGAGGCAUGACUGCGUUGAGCAUCAACGUGAUCUUGAGCGUCUUGGGUUGGGGACUUGCUAUUGGAAUUCAAAAGCGGCUAAACCUUACUCGUGGUCCGUUCAAACCGACUUUGGAUUGGUCCAGUCCUGAGUACGGUUGGAUUUGUGCACUCAUGAUCGUGUUCGGUGUUCUCUUCAUCAUCAAUCAGAUGCUGGUGAAUUGGACAAUCAGUGCUCUGAGCAACGAUCCCAGGAUUGCUGGUAGGACGGGCGGAUUUGCAAAGGCGAUGCUCAGUGCCGGUCUCGCCGUGGCGUUCGGGAUGGAAGCAGGCAAAGCUCCUUACAUGACACAAACCAUCAUCCAGGUUGCCUUACAAUUCAGCUCAUUCGCAAUGGUAGCGAUCGUGGUCUGGCGUGCAGUCAGGGACACCAAUUAUCUCGUCGAAGCCACGGUCAUCCCUCCCGUUCAUGUUGAGAUGGAACUGGGUAUCUCGACAAGCGCUCAAGGCGCAGAGGUAGCUGGCUCUGACUUCAACGGGCGAUCAUCAUCGGUGCAUCCGGAACUUAAGGCAUAG